GCUAAAGAUGGCGUUAGCGGCUAACACAGACGAUUGCAAUUUUUUUUCAACAAAAUUAUUCGACCAGUGGUAACAAAACAUGGAUCAAAAGGAACUUAAAUUCGUCAUUCAAUGUGUAAACACAUGGUAUAUUGAGAACAAGGCACGUCCAUCACGUAGAAUAACGCUGGUUCGGCCUUCGCACGAUGUAGGCCUGUUUUAGAGGGAGUGGACCGAAGCUGUUGGAACUCCAUCUCCCGUCGGCGAGUGCGGCGUCAGGUGGUACAACUUUUCCUCUUCCAUGGUAUCUGUAGUUCUUUUUUUUUUUUUUUGACUACAUCAGAAUGUCAUUUUUUUGGAAACUUUAAAAAAAAAAGAAAAAUCAUAUGGGAAGCAGUUUAGUAAUAAUUCAACAUGAUAGAACGUGUGAUUGAAUUUAUUGGCAUUUCUCUGUAUACGUUCAGUAAUGCUUGACAGUGUGUAUGUGAUACCUGUCUGAACUGAGAGGAAGAAAACUAAAGUAACUGAACAAGUAGCCUGCAAGGCAGAGGACCAUGGCUGUAUCACCUGUUCAAGGUGACUGGAAACAAUCCCGAAUAACCUCCAAAGAAGGGAAUCCAUCACCAGAGUCGUCUUUGACCUGGUGCUUGGCUCAUCUCUCCAAACCCAAAUCAGGGGCUGAACACCACGGGCAUGGAAAGUCUGACUCAAGUGGGGGUAAAGAUGUGGAUAAGAGGGCCACAGCCUCUCAGUGGAAAGCCCUGGUUGCGAUAAGGACCAAGCACAUCAAAGGUGACAAGGCUGGCAUUGCGAGAUUCAGAACUCAAAGUGGUCUCCGGCCCCUUCUGGACCUGCUCAAAGACCCAGAGUGCUCCAGGAAAACUCUGGACCUGGCUCUUAGCAUCCUGGCAAACUGCUGCACUGAGCUGCAGACGCGUAUAGAGGUCCGUAAACUGGAUGGAAUAAGUAUUGUAGUGGAGAUCCUCAGGAGAAAUGUGGCACAGGUGACGGUCCAGAAUCGAGCAGCCCGCGCUAUGGGAAACUUGGCCAUGGAUCCAGAGAGCUCUGCGUUAAUCCACUCUGCUGGUGGUGUUCCUCUUCUACUCCUCUGCUUAUCUCAUUCUUCUGCCCCAUCGUCCCCAACUGCUGCCCCACCCAAAGACCCCUGCCCUAAACUGGAGUGCGCUCAGUCAGCUGCCCGUGCUCUCCUCUACCUCUCAGAUACCCCCUCUAACCGCCUGUCACUGCUCACCCAAGGGACCUUGUCUGCUCUCGCACCUCUCAUCGCUCCGGAAUAUCCCCAGGGGCUGAGGCGGGUGGCGCUAAGGACCCUCCACGAGCUGACCCGGGGUUGCGGUGUUGAAUGCGCCAGGGAGGUGUCCCGCUCUGGAGUCCUUGCUCAGCUUGGCGUCAUGGCCACAGCGGAGCCUGUUAAACCUUUUGAGGAGCUGGCACUAAAAACCCUGGCCAACUUGUGCUCCCAAGGCUGCCUGCGUCCCCUCGUGGGGUCACUGGGAGCCAUUAAGAAAUUCACUGAGGAGGUCAAAAGUGAUCCACUGAAGUCAGGAGUCUUCUUGAAGGCGCUGUGCUUGUGCUGCAAGGAGGCGGUAAACCGUGCCAAAGUGAAGGAGAGCAGUGGAUUGGAGGUGCUAAUUGGCUUCUUGGCAGCCCAUCAGAGUCAUCCCCUUUCCAGGCUAGCAAUCCUGGCCUUUGUGGACUUUGUUUUUGAUGAAUCUGCUAUGGAGCAGCUGCAAGAGUUAGGGCUGGUCCCCCUGCUCGUUGCGCGACUAGUCGAGCUCAGCAGGGGCGAGGAACAAACGGCUGAGAAGACAGAUGUUAACCUCUCCUCCAGCAUGUCUCCCACUGAGCUCCUGCCCUCGACAUGUUUCGACUCCUUUGACUUUCCUCCUCCUGAGGGCUUCAAGAAAGAAGAAGCUUCUAAAGAGCAAAGUCUUUGUUCAUCAAGUUUUUUGAGUCUCAGGUCCUGGUUGAUGUCUGAGGGUUUGAUCUCUUCAGAGGGAGACCUUCUGGACUCCCCUGGUGCCGAUGGCGAAUGGGGGAGUCUGCAGAUGCCGGCGUCUUCGUCACCUCAAACCUCCUCCCCGAACCCAUAUUCCCUUCCCGCCCUUAAAAACUCUCCAUCCAACCCGAUUGCCUCAUCAGUUUCUAAAAAGGUGUCAUCUUCAGCCAAGCCAAUGCCAAACACAUUGAAAGUCCCCGAUCCAGCUCCUUCUAGUCCUCAACCUUCCAGUGCAUCAACACCACAUACACAUGCCAGUUCCUGCACCAUCUCCUCUCCCACUAAAACAACUCAAACACCAGUGUCUCCAUCCAAAUUCUCCUCUCCUCACAGGAGGAGGCAAUGUGCUCAGUCAGCAGUUAAUCUGACUAAGUUCAACCUAGAUACCCCUCCCUCUGUGUCCCGCCCAAUGGCUUACCACCACCCCUACCACCCUGAACCCUGGACGCCCGAAUCACCCAUCCUGCUGCUGCUGUCCCGUUUCUCCCACGCCACAGAUCCGAGCGCUGCUCUGGUCAGCUCGGGCGUCAUGACCGGCUUGCUGCACUACCUCACCGAGCACCCGGACCCAAGCAGCAGGUGCCUCAGAAUGCUCUGCAGGCUGAGCUGCAACCCAAACUGUUUGCAAGCGCUGGUCCGCACCGGGUCGGUCGCACUGAUUCAUCACCACCUCUGCCAGAGAGAGGGGGGAUUGGAGGGCGAGGAAAGGCAGACGAGCAGAGUGAAAGCCAAAGUCAAGCAACUUGGUAAUACUCUUCUUAAUAAUCUGCGAGUCCAGUGUGAGUCUGGGUUUGGGUCCGGGGUUCUGGCCCAUGUGACGCUGUCAGGCUCGGAGUCAGACAAGAUGAACUGUGCGCUGUCGCUGCCGUUAAUCAGCAGCAACAAGUCUCUGUUGAAGAAACUUCUCCUGGACAGCGGGGGGCUGCUCUUGGCUCUACAGCCACUUGGUUGCCAUGAAGAUGAGGAAAAUGAAGACCACCCGGCUGACUGUAGCAAGUUGCCCUCUGAGUGGUUAAUCUCUCCGAAUUCGGGCAUGACUUCUCGGCACCACUCGCUAUACUUCUCCCUCCUGUUUGGAUGCCUGUCCGCCCUGAUGAGUGGCAGUAAAAUAGAGCUCUACAAAAAACAUCUAAGACUGGAUACAUCUCCAUCGGACAGUAAGACAGACAGAGAUUCACCUCCUCCCUCCAAGAGGCCUCGCCUGACUAACAUGUGUCCGUACGGAGGCUCCGACUUCGACCUCCUGUUGCUGCUGGACGACGGGACUCGGGUCCCAGCCAGCAGGGAGGCUGUGGCUGGUGCCGAAGGGACAGGCAGGGUCGGCUCUGAAUACUUCAGGGCUCUGUUGAAAGGUGGUUUUGGAGAGGCUCAGGCUAGUGCGGAUGAACCCAUCCACAUUAAAGAUGUCAGUGUAGGUAUCCUGCUACCAGUUCUGCAUUACCUGCACGGAUGUCGCUUUGUGAAGGACGUAGAAAACCAAAAGGAAGGAGAUGAAGAAGGAAGAAAAGGAAGGUGUCAGGUUUUGGAGAAAUUAGUCUUUGAAGGUCUGGGAAUCUGCCAGAAACAGAAUGACGAUCACUCGACUGAAGACUUGGCUUUCCAGAAAACAUCUUUGGGCGAGAUGAUGAUCGGCGCGUGCAGAUUUCUGGUGAAUGAGCUGCAGGGUGAGUUGGAGGAUCUCUGUGCGUCUCUCCUCCUGUCCUGUUCCACCGGGGCUUCUAGUCGAGCCCCCAAAAAGGAAAACACUGAAAAGUCCGCUUCUCCAGCGGACCAAGAAUGCCACGAGUCCGCUGAUGCCAACCUGGCUAGACGAGCAUCCGAGUUAGAGUUGACCGGAUGUGAAAUGCAAACAGAAAAUAUAGCAGGACAGACAAAGAAACCAAACAGCUCACCAAAUCAGACAGAUAGUCUUAAAACCUGUUCAUCUGUUGACAAUAGCACAGUGAAAAGUGUGGCUCCAGUUACCACGUCAGGCGUCAGGUCAUCGGUUGCAGACAAAUCGCUCAUUCGAGAAGAGUCGAGAUUACGACCGAAGGACUCGAUGAAAAGCUCAAGACAGCUUUUAAAACCGGCAGCUCAGAAAUCUCUUCCCUCCACAGCGGCCAGUACAGGCGAGGCCCUGGCUGCCCUCCUCCCACAGUUGUACUGGUUUUCACAGCGGUACAGCUACCCUGCACUGGGUCAGGCCUGCCUGUCUUUACUGCUGGGCUGUGCGGACGGUCCUCAGACAUUCGCUUCCUCUUCACUUGCCAGUGAUUGCCUUUCCCGGUUUGCCAGAGAGGCCGACUGUUUGGAGACUCUGAAGAAGGAUCUACUGAGUCUGGCCACAGCAGCUCUGAGCUGAGCGGGGAGGGAUAUACACUGAGUGGGGUGAUGGAGACGUGAAUUCAGAGUGCACAGGUUAUGUUAAAGUCCACUUUGGGGCUUGCUCUAAGCCUCUAAAAAAAAAUUGCAACGACAGCAUGGUUACUUCAAAAACAAGCUGUACAAAUGUCAUCAGUAAAGGACUGGUGAUUUAUUUUCAUUAACUGGAAGCAGACAUUUCUAUUUAGUUUCGAUGUUAUCUAAUAUAAACUGUCGCGUGCCCCAGCAUGAAAUGGUUUAUCAAUAUUUUUUCUUUUUCUUUUUAAACUUCCGAUGACAUAUAUAUUGUAAUUUUUUUUCUUAAUUAGGUAAACCGAGCAAAUGUCUGCAAUGCAUAUGAUAAAUGUCAUUUAACAGGAAGUACUGGAGGAGUUGUUUUUGGAGCCAGUUGUUUAUUUUGUACAUAGAGAUCAUAUGGAUAAGCAGAUAUACGCGUAUAGAAAGAUUCCAACUGUCCCAUUAAUGCCUCUGAAUAUAUUGUUGGAACAUC